GUGAGAGAAUGUGUUCCCAAAACGAACCCUCUGCUAUGUGGCUUCUUCUGAUUUUCAUCACACUUUACUCAAUGCCAAGUUAUGCUCAUGUUGGCGGUAAAGACGAAAGUUGCUUUGAUCGAACAAAGUACAUCAGAUGCACGUCUGCGUCCGCAUACCGGCCAUCAGUCUGCGACUGCAAAAACAGAUGGCGAUGUUAUAUAAAAUUUGAUAUAACCAAAGUUCCAGACCAUCCCGACACUGGCGUUGACCCGAAUGAUGUUUUCAGAAUCAAUAACGAACUUACUGGUCCAACAAUUAUUGCGAGAUCUGACGCAAUUUUAGUGGUUGAUAUAUUUAAUAACAUCGUUGGUGCUCCGGGCGAUGACGAUACUUCUAUGCACUGGCAUGGCAUGCAUCAGGUAAAUGUUCCUUGGAUGGAUGGAGUUGGUUUUGUCACACAGUGGGCUAUACCUCCCGGUGGAAAAUUCAGAUAUAUCUUGCGGGCUAAGCCGUCCGGAACACACUGGUACCAUUCCCACAUGCGGUCGCAAAGGGAUGCAGGACUGUAUGGUGCAUUGAUCAUUCGUGAAAACAAGAAAGACCUUCACAUGCCUUGGAAGCUUGGUAGUUUUGUAGAUGAACCUGGCCAAACAACUCUUUCCAUAAGAGAACACAUGAGGGAAGAGACCCCGACUGACGAAGUGCCGUGUUUUCCAGAUAAGUCCAAAAUGCCGGAUUUAGGUGAAGUUUUGGAUUCGUUUCAAAUUAACGGCUAUAAACUGGAUAGCAAAAUAAACGAAGAAAACAUAGAACCUUCGUUUAAUGUAGUACCAGGAAAAAAAUAUCGUUUUCGACUCAUCGGGAGUAUGUCACAAACAAUACUGCGUUUCUCGAUAGACCAUCACAAACUGUACGUUAUGUCGACUGAUGGAUACCUUACACAGCCGUUCGAAACUGAUAUUUUGAUAAUGCAUGUUGGAGAACGGUACGACUUCAUACUGAAGGCUGAUGAAAAAAUUGCCCCUGGAACAGUCUUUCCCAUUCGGAUUGAAUCUGUUGCGGUGUUAUGUGAUCAUUUCAGCAUACCAGAACGUGUAGGCUUUGCAUAUCUUAGAUAUACUAAAGGGGAUUCUGCAGAAACAGUAACAGUUGAGAAGCAUGCGUCCCGUUGCAGCGCUGAUCGAUGUACAGCGUUGAACUGUCCGUUUAGAUCAUAUCCUAAAGGUGCAAGUGAUGUGUCAGUGGACUGUCAUGAUGUGUAUGAUGUACUGAGUUUGCUUUAUCCCACACCGAAUAAUAAGUUACCAUCACCAACUGACAUACCUUUCGAAGCGUUUUUCAACUUUGUCGCGGGAAGAGGAACGGCAAGUGUUAAUAAUAUACGAUUUACAUUACCAUCAAAGCCUCUGGUUCAGCAGAGACAUAAUCAAACCCUUGAUGUAUGCGAGUAUAAAGAUACCCUCGGAUGUAAAUCCAACCCAGGGCCCUGUCCACAUGUUCUCCGCAUUCCGAAAAAACACGGAAUGAAAACUAUACGAUUUGUCUUCUCAUCCAUUUCCCCUGGUAAUGCUUUUUCGUCCAUCAGAACACACCCAAUACAUCUGCACGGGCAUUCUUUUUCUGUGGCAAAAAUCGCCUACCCCAAAUAUGAUGAAAAUGGAAAGAUCGUUAGUCAGAAUGAAGACCUAACCAUACAGAGUUGUGGGCCAGGGCGCUGGACGGACGACGUACGACCAGAAGGUAUCCGAGUGGAUAGAAACACAAUCCGUAAAGACGUGAUCACUGUUCCUGCCGGUGGAUACGUAGUCGUUGACUUUCUGGCUGAUAAUCCGGGAUGGUGGUUUUUGCAUUGUCAUAUUGACAUCCAUCUCAUACGUGGAAUGGGCAUCGUUAUUGGAGAACGCCCUGAAUGCCAAAACUCAGCACCUGACGAUAUGAAGAAACAAUCCAGCAGUUUUUGUUAUGACGUGGAGUCAUUUCUUAGGAAAGAGAAGAAUCACGUGUGUGAAAAGGUUGAACCAAGAGAGGGUGAUCAUGAAGGAGGGCAUGAUGACAAGGAUGGGAAGAAAGAAGGUUGGCGCCAUGAUAAAAUAGAUGAGCAUAAACACGGCGGACAUAGAAACAGAGUGAAUGCAUGAAAAACUACAUUUUCAAGAUUU